AUGUUAACACACUUCAAAUGUAGAUUCGGUGUGUACCCUCGAUCAAAUGUGGAACGAUAUUUUGUUCCUGAUGAUAAAGUUUCUUGGGAUGUUGAAUAUAAGGAUUAUACUCCGCAAAAUUACACUUCACCAGCUAUUAAAGGAAAACCAUGGGCUGAUCCCGAAAUAGGAAGUCCUAAUUUUAAACCAAUAUGGAAUGACGAUGAUGGAAAUGUGGAUAGAAAAAGUCACAUGGGUGUAUACAAAAUACUGGAUGGUUAUCCUUUAAAUCCAGUUGGACGGACUGGAAUACACGGCAGAGGGACUUUAGGAAGAUGGGGGCCAAACCAUGCUGCGGAUCCUAUUGUAACGAAAUGGAAAAUAGACAAAAAUAAUAAAAAAAUCCUUCAAUUUAUAGCCAUAAAGAGACGUGAUACAGGAGAAUGGGCAUUGCCUGGUGGUAUGGUUGAUCCUGGUGAAAAGGCAGCAACGACGGCUAUGCGAGAAUUCCAAGAGGAAGCUUUAAACUCUUUAGAAGCAAUGCAAGAUGAGAAGGAGGCAUGGAGAGUUAAAUUGAAAGAUUUCUUUAGGACUGGUAUUGAGAUUUACAGUGGUUAUGUAGACGAUCCACGCAACACUGACAAUGCGUGGAUGGAAACUGUUGCUUAUAAUUUUCAUGAUGACACUGGGUUUAUCGUAGGCCAAUUCAACUUAAAUGCAGGAGACGACGCAAUUGGUGUUUGCUGGGUCGACAUAACACCUGAUAUAAAUUUAUAUGCAAGCCAUAAGGAUAUUGUUAAUUCUGUAUUACAGAGACACCUAGAAUCCAAAAAAUAA